GCGAGAAUCAUCUCCCGCCAGAACUUGCAGGACUGUCACGAGAUUGUACAAAAUGUAAUGUUGCGUGCGUCCUCGUGUUGACAAACGUAAUUUACAGGAAGGAUAAUGGACGAUUCGCAGGCAUCUACUUCUGGCAGGUCCAGACGUCAGAAGACCGAUAGGACCGGAAGGUUUUCUGCCUUGGAAAGACUGAAGGAAGCUCGAAGUGGCAAACGCAAGUAUGAGGUUGAAGAGAUAAACAAUGUUUACGACGAGGUAGACGAAAAGGAAUACAGUAAUGAAGUUUUAAAACGCCAACGGGACGAUUGGAUAGUCGACGAUGGAGAAAGUGGUUAUGUCGAAGACGGAAGGGAAAUUUUUGACGAUGAUAUGGAUGAAGAGAGCAUUCAGGAAGCCAGAAAACAGAGGCAUAACAUGGCUGGCCCCAGAAAGAGAAGGAAGGAAGAGGACAAGAAGAAAGGGGAUAUUCAAAGUAUGAUUAGGAAUAUGCCUUCCAAGAAGGACGCUAAAGUCGUUCAGACCAAAGACGAUGAUAUUUUGGGAGAAUUGCUCAACGAGAUUUCUGUGAAUAAAAAGACAGCCAAUAGUCCUAAGCCAGGAGGCAACAGGAACAAAUUUUGCCAUACAGUUCACUCUAACGCUGCGCAAACGUGCCAGUCUUUGUCUACAACUCAAACAGCAGCUGAUAAAGUAAUAUCUGAAAAGCCAGGGGAGAAAAUUGUAUUAGAAUCCGCUAGUACUGUGCCAAGUGACAGCCAGAGAAUUGAGGAUGACGAUACCGCAAUGUUUGAUGCACCGCAGAAGAGGAUUAGUAAGCCAGCGGAAUCGAGUAACUGUUCAAAGGUCGAAAACGAGUCGAAGCCAGAAGAUCGAAAUAUGAGAAAAGCAUUGGAGUCCAAUAAUGUCGAGCAGAGUGCGAGUCAGAUUAUUGAGGAUGAUAAUAGUCCUACGAUGGAUCUUAGCGAAUGUGUUGGAGAUCUAUCCACAAUAGAUUUUGACGAUGGGAGCAUGGACAUGGACUUUUCAUCGUCGACGAAGAACGUUAAAUCUCAAAAGAACGGGAUAGAUGUACAGAAUGCUGCAUGUAAAGCUUCCGUCAAAAGUAUGAAUGUUGGUAAUGCCGUUGACUUGAUGGAGGUAGCGCCGCAAUUAAUCAAAACGAAAGAUGGGGAGGAGGUAUUUAAGUUCUACUAUCUGGACGCUUACGAAAACCCUUACAAGAAUCCUGGGACUGUGUAUCUUUUCGGCAAGACCUAUGUGGCAAGUCACGAUACGUUCUGCUCGUGUUGCGUUAUGGUUCGUUCAAUACCAAGACGAGUCUAUCUCUUACCGAGAAAAUAUAUAAAAAACACGGACUCGCAGUUGACGACUAUGUUGGACGUCCUUAACGAGUUUCAUAAAUAUACCGAUAAAAUGGGUAUAAUGGGGUACAAGUCUAAAGAGGUGAGGAAGCAUUAUUCCUUUGAAAAGAAGGGCACGCCGAAAACUUGCGACUACUUGGAAGUCACAUACAAUGCAAGCUAUCCAGCAAUAGAUCCUGAUUACUCCGGUCCGGCAAUAGAACGCGUUUUUGGUACAACCGUGAAUGCGUUGGAGUUAUUACUGAUAGAACGAAAGAUUAAAGGACCUUGCUGGUUAGACGUUAAGAAUGUAUCGCCCACUGCAGGACGAUUUGCGUGGUGUCCGCAGAUAGUGGUUACUUCGGACAUGAGCAAUAUAUCCCUGUGUUCCGAAGAGAAGGCUAAGCCUCCAAUGGUGAUAGCGACGCUGAAUGUGAGAAUGUCUUUGAACGCAAAGUUGCAGAACGAAGUAGUGAUGGUUGUUGUGCUAAUUCAUCAUAAGUACAAUGUUGAUAAAGAACCACCAAAACCGCCUUAUGAGCGUCAAAUUUGUUUUGUCACACGUCCGCGAGAUACCCCGUGGCCGCGACAAUUUCGCGAUACUUCCCUGAAAAUCCCAGCUACCGAAGUAUUAAAAUACGAAACUGAAAGCGAGUUACUCGAAGAGCUGUUAACUUUUAUGCAGAAAGCGGAUCCCGAUUUAAUAAUAGGCUACGACUGUGCAUUUCAAUUUGACGUUUUGAUGCAGAGAAUGUUUACAUUGAAAGUACCCAAUUGGAACAGAAUGGGAAGAUUAAAAUCAACUACUCCUCCCUUAUUUCGGGGGAAAAUAAUCCUUAAUCAAGCAUUCGUCGGUCGUCCGAUUUGUGAUAUACAAAUUUCGGCGAAGGAAUUGAACUUAAAAGUCAGAAGUUAUGAUCUGCAAUCACUUUGCAGUGCAGUAUUAAGGACAAAGGAACACGAAUGUAAAGAGGUCACGCCAGUGGAAACUCCAUCAUUUUUCAAUACAGCGGACAAACUAAUAAAUCUAAUGCACGUAACGUUGAAAGAAGCAAAAAACAUUAUAGCUAUAGUGAUGGACCUCAACGUUAUACCGCUCGCACUUCAAAUUACUUGUUUAGCAGGUAAUGUUUUAUCAAGGACGUUGCUAGGCGGAAGAGCGGAAAGGAACGAGUAUCUAUUGCUGCAUGCUUUUAAUUUGAAAGAUUACAUAAUGCCGGAUAAAAGAAUUGACAAGAAGGGGCGAGACGAUGACGGCCCGCGUAGGAAAGCUGCAGCGUACACGGGAGGCCUCGUACUUGAUCCGAAGAAAGGUUUCUACGAUAAAUUGGUGCUGCUGAUGGACUUUAAUUCCCUGUAUCCGAGCAUUAUACAAGAAUACAAUUUGUGUUUCACCACCGUGCCUGGUGCGGCGUACGCAGACGUCGAGCAAUUAAAUAUUCCCGAGUCAAAUCUGGAGCCAGGCGUGAUCCCAACGGAGAUUUACAAGUUAGUUAAAAGCAGACAGCAGAUCAAGCAGCUCAUGAAAACGCCGAAUUUAUCGCCGGAGCAGAAAAUGGAUUACCAUAUCAGGCAAAUGGCGUUGAAACUCACAGCUAAUUCUAUGUACGGGUGUUUGGGGGCAACGCAUUGUCGAUUUUACGCCAAAGGUCUCGCGGCUCUGAUAACAGCCAAGGGUAGAGAGAUUUUGGAGGAUACGAAGCGCUUGGUCGAGAAACUGCAAUAUGAAGUAAUUUAUGGCGACACCGAUUCUCUGAUGAUAAAUACCAACAUUUUGGAAUACGAUGACGUUUUCUUGAUCGGCAGAAAGAUUAUGCGCGAAGUUAACAACCGAUACAAGAAAGUUGAAUUGGAUAUCGAUGGAGUAUUCCGAUAUCUAUUACUUUUGCAGAAGAAGAAAUACGCUGCCGUUACGAUGUCGAAAUUAUCAAAUGGCCAAAUACAAAUGGCUCAGGAGCACAAGGGUCUGGAUAUUGUGAGAAGAGAUUGGUGUCCGUUGGCCUGCGACACUGGAAAAAAAAUUUUGGACGUACUUCUCUGCGAUCAGUCGGGCGAAACGCGUUUGGAACAAGUCGUGCAAAUUCUGCAAAACAUCGCGACAAGUGUAAAGGAGGGAACAGCGCCGCUGUCAUCAUUCGUUAUCACUAAACAAUUGUCGAAAAAUCCAGAUGCGUAUCCAGAUAAAAAGCAAUUGUCUCACGUUAUGGUGGCACUCAGACUCAACAAAGCUGGUGGUCGGAUGUGGAAAGCCGGUGACACGCUGCCAUAUGUUAUAUGCGAGGAUGGAACCGAUGCGAGCGCGACAGAACGAGCGUAUCACAUCGACGAAGUGAAGAAUAAUGAGAGAUUAAAAGUGGACGUUAAUUACUAUCUGUUGAGUCAAAUAUUUCCUGUGGUGUUGCGAAUUUGCGACCCAAUCGAGGGUAUCGAUGACGUCUUCUUAGCCAACAAUUUAGGUUUACAAUUCGUUUACAAGCCUAAGGCGAUUGCUUGCGAGGCAAGCCUCAACUUACCGCUGGCUAUCAAUGACGACAGGUUCAACAAUUGUCUUCCUUUGACAUUUAAGUGUAAAAGUGAGCGCUGUAAUACGGAAAUAGUAAUUAAGGAUACCGUUACAGAAUUUCAUUCUGGUCGACAAUUAUCACUUAGCAUGUGUCCCAAUCAGGACUGUAAAUUACCACCUUGGAAGUAUGCAAAAGUGAUACAAAAUGUAGUUCAACUUGCCAUGAGAAAAGUAAUUAGCAAGUACUAUAGUGGCUGGUUGGAAUGUGAAAAUCCACUUUGCUCCUACAGAACGCGGCAAUUGCCAUUAGAUUUUGCGAAAAAGUUCCCAGAUUGUCCAGUGUGUAAGGACAUUUCCAUGAGUCGAGUUUAUUCUGGGACAGAUCUGUACAAUCAGUUGUAUUAUUAUCAUAAAAUGUUGGACAUUACUCAACCAGCUUACAAACAUCUGUUGUCUCAGUGCCCACGGGAUAUGAUUGCCGCGUACAACACAUUGAAAGAGGCGGUUGACCGACAAUUAAAGCGUAACAAGUUUUCAUGUGUAAAUCUCACAGGAAUAUUCAGCAGUGCCAGUAUCAAUUCCGCGGGAAUGUUUGUCAGUGCUGGUUCGCGGGAGGAUUUCGACGAACUGGGAGAUCUGUCCGAUGACACGGAUAAAGAAGUUUAAAGAAGAAGCAGCCAAGGA